UGCUUUCGUGAAAGACAUGCUGUUAUGAACAGUGCUUAAUCUACUUUCUCCUUGCUGUAGGCUUCAAGCUUCCUUCCUGAUAGUCCUCUUCACACCCUGCCGCACAAAAUGGCCGAACAAUUUGUCGGCUACACAGUGCUGGUCACUCUGAAAUCUCCGCCAAAUUGCCGGGUUCAAGGCAUUGUAUCGGAUGUUGUUGGGCAACGUCUGUCACUGCAAAAUGCAACUCUAUUGUGGAACAACCAGAGUGUCCCGCUGUAUCACAUCGAAGCUCCUGGGAUCGCAGACUUAGAGCUGUUAUCUGACCUGAGAACUGCUUCUGUGUCUGGCCCCGACUAUGGCUCACAGAAAGCUGCAAGCUUUCCAGCUGCCUCUCCUCAUCCGCCGCCUCAAUUCCAGACGCAGACAUCACAACCGAUCUCAGCAAAUGUGUCAAAUGCACACAUUCAGCCCAGCCAACAACAGUUCGUGGAUCCAGCCAUCCUGAGUUACCAAAAGCCAUCAGAUAGACAUCAGAAUCCUAGGUCCCCCGUCCAACCUUCAGUUAAAACACCUACUGUCAACUCGCCUGUCAUGAUCGGAGGUCACGAGCUACCAGCCCCUUCCCUCUCUACUCAGUCCAUCCCUCUUACAAGCGCUGCAGAGAGCAUUUCCACUGCUGCAACGCUUACUGCUCCGUUUAGCUACCUCAAUCUGAAAGGGAGUGACGUGACAGAAGGCAAGAAUGUUGGACAAGAUACCGCUGAGCAAAACUCUGUGCCGGAGGGCCGGAGAGGUGCAGCUCCUCUUGAAGCACCCCUCAAAUACACGGGCAAAAGAAGUCGAAGAGGUGGAAGAGGAAAAUUGCAAAGAGAAGCUGUCAUAGAAGCUGCUGCCAUAGAAAGCAACACUUUGCAUACCAAAGCCACGGAGAGUAGUCCAGCAUCAAAAGGAUGGAGGCAAACUGCUUUUUUUGAGCCAGCUCAGGCUGAUAACUCCAGGCCUCCUCGGUCCGGUGCCAGAAGACAAGUAAAAAGACGCCAAAAACGUAAUGCGGAAGAACAAAAUGGCUGGGCAACAGAGGACGCCACAGACAUUCAAGAGAUGGGUGAUUUUGACUUUCAGAGUAACCUUUCCAAAUUUGACAAACGUCGGGUUUUCGAUCAAAUCAGAAACGAUGACACUACGGCGGACGAACAGCGACUAGUCAGUUUCAACCGACGAGCAAGACCUGGGACCAACGGUGGAAGGAAUCUUCACUACACGGAAAACGUCUUGGAUCCUUCCCCCGAGCCUAACGCAUUGUGGAAGAACGACAUAGGUGAGAGUGAUGAAGAUGAUGCAAGCGAAAAUGAAUUUAGUAAUGGGAGGACCCCCAGUAGGGCCCGAUCAAGAGCUUCCAUUCAGGCCCCUCCGUCCCGAAAAGGCAGUGGUAUACAAGGCUCCUCGAUUGCGUCACCCCAAGUCACCAUCUUAGCGAGGGGACAGUUAUUAUCAACGCGAACAGCGAGUCCACGACCAUCACAGAAGCAAGCUGUGUAUGCAGCGUCGCCAAUGACCGCGUCUUCUGGUUCAGCUGCAGGCUCCCUUCAAAUUGCAGCGACAAACAGACGUUGUCCAAGCGUUAGUCCUCUUCAAAUGCUGGAAAUUGAACAGUUAUCCAUCUCUGAGCUGGGUUUAACCGAGGACAUCCUCACUGAAAAUGCCGGAAGGGGUAUCGCAGAAGCAGCCGUUUCACUUUCGAACCUCCACGGGUCUUCAACAGUUCUUAUUUUUGCGGGAAAUCACAAGACAGGUGCUCGUGCCGUAUCUGCUGCUCGACAUCUACGCAACCAUAACUAUCGAGUUACUGUUUGCAUCCUGGGAUUGGACCGGGACAAUGAGUUUGCGGACAGUUUUCGCAGGCAGGUCGACAUUUUCAAAAAGGCUGGGGGCAAAGUUUUGAGAUGGGAGGAAAUAUCUACAAGACUGGCGGCUGUGGACCAUGCUCCCGAGCUUGUCGUCGAAGCCCUGUUUGGAAUGCAUGUUGCCUUUGAAGAUCUGCGGACUGACGAUCAGCAAACCGCGUUUGAAAUUAUCUCUUGGGCUAACCGGAGUGGUAUUGAUUUAUUGUCAGUAGACAUACCUGCAGGCCUUUCGGCCUCCUCGGGUGAACCAACUCUUGUGCAAGGAUCACGAUUGGUGGCUAACGCGAAGUUUAUUGUCUGCCUUGGAGCUCCGAAAUCUGGCUUGGUCAAUGCGUUGGCUGCCGGCGAAGGUGAUUCCUGGCAAAUUGCGGUCGCAGAUGUCGGGAUUAGUCAAGCAGCAUGGAGGAAAUACGGGACACGGAGGCGUCAUGGAGUUGAGUUCAGAGACAAAUGGGUUGUACCCCUAACCUUUUAA